UUCCUUGAAUAAGUUAAAACCCUGCCAGCCUCACUUGUCAUAACCUUUAGACGUUUGUUGCCUCUGCCGACCAACUAUCUGCAAAUAAUGGCUGCUGCUAAGUCGCUGCCCUGUCUGCUGGUGGUGCUGCUGGCUGCAGUGUAUCUGGCUCACGCACAGGACAGGAUUAAGAUGUGUGGGCGAGAGCUGAUCCGUCUGGCCGUCUCAUCCUGUGGGAGCUCUCGGCUGAGGAGAAGCAUCCCGGACACAGAGCUGAGCCAACAGCAGCUCACCUCUGGCUGGGACCAGGAUCCCUCCACUGAAGAGACACUCCAUAUCACCCCACAGUCUGAUGAGACCACGUCUGCUUUGGCUCCUUUCUGGCACCCCCUGACCUUUCGAAUCAGACGAUCUGCUGGAAAAAUAUCUGACACUUGCUGUGAGAAAGGAUGCAGCAUGAAAGAACUGAUUCAGUUUUGCUAAGUACAUCUAUACCACUUGUCCAACAGCUGGAUAUAAGAUUUUAUUUUGCGCUGUGAAGUCCUAAGGGAUCUUGGCCAAGUAACCCUGUUUUUAAGAAAUCCAGUCAAAUAUUUCAAUUCUUAAUUGUUCUGUAUACAAGAGACAGCAAAAGAAGAAAAAAAAAAUCCUAAAUGAACACAAGAUUUUUGGAGAGUAAUCAAAUCAGAUGUUGUUUAUUUGUAUUAGUAUACCUUAUUUCAGUGCAAUCAGUGCAAAAGUAUUGCACUGCAUUAGACCUUUGAUGAUUACAAAGUCAUGCCAUGGCUGUUUUUCUACACUCAUGCAACCACAAUAAGGUAAAAGAAGACAAAUAAAAUUAAUAAUGAAGUAGGUGCCAUCCAAUCAUAAUCAGUGUUUUAAUCUGUUUUCCUCUACUGUCGUGGGGCCUGCACUCCUUUUCUGAAACUGCUUUCCAGCUUCAUGUCCAACUCACAUUGUAGUCCUUAUUUUCUCAGAGAUGUGGCUAAAUAAGGGUUUAUACGGGUUUAUUCAAUAAAUUAAAAAUGUUAGGCAAGUACCUUUUAAAGAUAAGGUUUUUGUUAUACAUACUUUUCAAUAAUUAACAGAAAUAAAGGCUUGAAAACAUCA